AUGAACGAAAGUAUGAAAGCAAAAUGGACAGCUCCUGUUAUGAUAAACAAUUGCGAGAUUCAUUGUCCAAUAACUUGUGUAACUUUGGGAGAUAUCAGCCUGGAUAAUGAUGUGAAAUUGAUUGUUGCAACUGGAGGACAUCGAGGUCUUAAUAUGAAAUUGAAAGUCUUCAAAGGAGUUUCGCCACAUUCAGAAAGUUCAUUGGCUGAUGUUCCAACUGCUAUUGUUCAUUUUGUUAAUGACUUUGUGAGUUUGAAAAAAAUAAUGAGCUCAGAAUAAUUAAUUUUCAGUCUUCAAUGCCUUCAAUUGCAGUUGCUUCGGGACCUGCGUUGUUAAUUUAUAAAAACUUGAAACCAUAUUAUAAGGUUCGAAAGAAAUGAAUUAUUUUCAAAUUUCCCAAUUAAUGGAUUUUUUUCAGUUCACAGUUCCAACGUCUCCAAUAAAUCCAGUUGAAGCGCAAGCUUGGACAGCUGCUCAGAGCGAUAAGAUCAGUAUUGAAGAAUUAUAUACGGUUCUCAAUAAUUUGUCAAGUCAAAUUUCAAUCUCAAAUUUGUCACCAUUAUCUCAAACACUUUUAUUGACACCAGAAAAAGAUAGAAAUGCAGUUGUUGAAAGAUAUUUACACAAACAAAUGUCAAAUUCGGUGAGAAAGUAGGGAUUACUGUAGACUCUAAUUUUCUCCGAAUUUUAGGCAACCAUAACUUGUGUUUCGAAAAUGGUCAGAUCAUCAGCUGAUAAAAUCGAUGUAUUUCUAAUUGGAACUGAACAUUCAAUGGUUUAUCUUGUUGAUAGUCAAGCAUAUCAAAUAAUUGGAUGUUGUUCAGUUCCAUCUCCACCUGUCACAAUUUGUCCAUAUGGUAAUUAUGAUGUGGAUUUUCGACUUAUUGUUUUGACACGUGAUUCAUGUGUUUAUUCAAUUAAAAGAGAUCAAACUGAAGCAACAAAACCAAUAAUAAAUUCGGCGAGUAUGAUAACUUCAAUAAUUCGAAUCAAUAAAAUGGUUGUAUAUACAACAGCGGAUAAUACAAUCAGUUUUAAUACCUUAAAAGGUAAAAAAAUCAAUACAAUUAAAUGCGAACAAAAAGUGAAGAUGUUGGAAGUUUUUGAAUACACACAAAAACAAUAUACUGCAGUUUUAGCAAUGUUCGAAAAAGAGGUAUGUCUCAAAAAAUCAAAAUAAAUCAGAAGAGAAUUUCAAUUUUCAGGUUCAUAUGUAUAAUGAGAGUUAUCUUCUUGAUGUUUUGAAAUUUGAUCGACAAUUAGCUUGGAUAAAAUAUGGUGGAUAUGGAAGAGAAGAAGGUGCACUUAUAAUAUGUUUCAAAGAUGGAUCUGUAAAUGUUCGAAUGUGGAGAAGAUUAGCAACUUUUGAUGAAAAAAUGGAUUUCAAUCCUCGACCACCUGCACAUUCAAUUAAAUUGGCAAUUCCAAAGAAAACUAAAAUAUUCAUUGAUUCAACAGUUCGAGAAAAAGACAAUGCUGCUAAAAUUCAUUCAGCUUAUUAUAAAGAUCUUCUACUUCUUCGAUGUCGAAUUGCUGAAGUGUUUUCUGAAUUGACACAAAGUGCAUCUACAGUAGUAUCAACUGAUUCAUCACUUCCAAUGGAAUUAUCAGCUGAUGUGGAUUUUCGACUUAUUGUUUUGACACGUGAUUCAUGUGUUUAUUCAAUUAAAAGAGAUCAAACUGAAGCAACAAAACCAAUAAUAAAUUCGGCGAGUAUGAUCCAACUCUCAAUGAAUUCGAAUCAAUAA